CAUCAACCACGCACUCCUGUACCGUACGAAAAGUCUUAAUCCCCUUGAUCCUCCGUUUCUUGCGUAUUGAGCACCCUGGCGUACGCACACCCGAUCGAUGAAGCCUGACCGUCGCCAAAAUGGAAGAACCCAUCCGCAAAAGACCCCGCCUGUCCAUGUUCGCCGAUCAAUCCGAAGACGAUGUUCUCGACCAAGACCUUGACGCACUGCGCGAUCGUAAUGAUAACCUGUUAAAAUCUCGGUUCGAGUCCAUCUUCGAGAAAUAUUCUCACAACUUUGAAGGCUUCGGCGACGAGAUCAAUUUGUGGACCGGAGAAGUUGAGGUAGACAAUGGCCAUCUGCAAGGGCUUAGGGACGAGACCGAUAUUGGAGACAAGGGCAGUUCACUUCUGAGGGCAAUGACCGAGGCGGAAGACACGACCGAUUCAUAUUUCAACAAUGAGGGUGCAGACGAAGUUAUGCAGAGCAUCGAAGAGAUUGCCGAAAAUGCCGCCGAACCCAACGAAGAUCAAGAGGAGGACGAAAACGACGAAGACUGUGAUGAAGACCAAUUCCAAGACCAAAACGAUGUCGACUUGAACAGUGAUGAUGAGCUCUUUGCUCCCGUGCAACAGGUAUCGACUUCCGAGGGUCGACAUAACUCAUUCAGGAGUAGUACUGCUGCUCGAUCUCAAGGCAGUGCUUCUGACUGCGAUUCGCUCUUCGAGGUACAAAAUACCCUACGAUCAGACAGUCCAGAUUCUCUUUUUGAGGUCCAAGAGCCACAAGAGCAUUUCGGCCCCAGAACUACUACUCGGUCUUCGACAGAGAUGCCACAGGAUUAUCGUGAAAUUGACGAGGUAGAUAUCAUGGAAAAGUUUGGCCCGGAGAUUGGGAAUGAAGUCUUGGAAAUUGUACAAACGACGAGGAAUAUGGCCGAGUCACAUAUCGAACCUGCAUGGCGCAUACCUGCCAAUAUCAUCCCGCUGAGAGCCAGGCGAUCUACCUCGCGGUCGCAUACACCAGCACAGCCUAUGCGCUUAUCGCCACAACCAGAACAGCCAGUCUCGCCACAGAACAGCCGAUCUUUAUGGAAGCCGCCGAAGCCUCGCAGAACAGCCCAGCAAAUGCGUACGAUGCGUUUUAGAAGAAGCAUCAGAGCAGUAUCUGAGGAUCCCUUACAAGAAGAUUUCCGCGACGACUUAGGUCAUCCCGAAGCAAACGCCGGUUCUGACAGUGGUGACGAUUCCGAAUGGCGCGAGGAUGAAAAACCAAGAUCGAGGAAGCGAAGAGAGGACGACGAACAUAUCGAGUUGAUGAGACAAGGCAUCUGCUCGUUUUGCCGCGUGAAAUACUCUUCUCGAGCUGGAGUCUUCAGCCACUGGUCUCAUCUAGUGACUAAAGCUGAAAAGACCGGAACCGAUCCUGAUGAUAUUCAUGACUUGACAUAUAUCAGAAAGUAUCGAUCCAAGAGUCAUAUGAAGCCUAAGACAGCCAGACUAUGCCUUUGUGAUUUCAAAACCAUGGUCGAGAUGCAUGAAGGUGCUGGUGUAUCGUUUGCUGAGAUCGCCAGCAGCAAAGUCCUGCGAACGCGCAAGACCGCCCCAAUUCUCAAUGACUUGUAUGACAAGUUUCGAACGCCCGCUGGACAUGACGAGCUAGACACAAGCCCAGAGUGGUCUGAGGAGGAGCUAAAGAUUCUGGACGACCUGUCCCAGAAACCGUUACAAGAGCUCGGCACAUUUACGAGAUUCCUGAAGGACCGCAGCAAUACCGAGGUUGGCAACAAACUGGCAGAGUCGUGGCUUGUACCGUUCCGCGAGCGCAGGAGACUUCGCCAGAACGGCGACCAUCCACGUACUCUGAAUGAGGAAGAAUGGUCUGGAGGUCACGGAGCAUUCGACCAUCAGUAUAUCAAGACCGAAGAUUCGGAUGACGAAUUAUUUGGCAAUCAGGUCAGAGUGCGUCCCUGAAGGAUAUCGUCGAUGGUCGUUCGUGCUUCACCUCCAAUGUCACCUAUCUGUGCCCAAAACUUGGACAGGUGUCUUGAACCGGAGUCGCACAGAAUGGUUACGAUGCGAUGACCCGGUCCCAGUUUGAGUGCUGUUUGUAAUGCAGCCACACCUGUAAGAUGUUUUGUUAGAGAUAUACCACGUUGUUAGCAUCACUAUCUGUACACUUACAAUUCACUGCAC